GAGGCCAUCGAGUUUGAGCAGUCAGGGAGCCCCUCCGUAGUGCAGAGAACUUCUUUGUCAGAUCAAGUAUAGCUGCCUGCUGUCAGGAGAAAGGGGCAGACUGUCUGCAAGGGAUGAUAGACCAUGCGAUAACCAGCAUGCGUAGCAGGAGAAAGGCAGCCCUCACUCAAGCUUCAAGAAGCCUGAAGAUCGUACAACUAGAUGUGGUGGUGGUGGUGAUGAUGUGGUUGGCUGCACCAGGGCUCUCAAGGGACUCUGGCAAUUGUGCUCCCCAACAUUUGCUUUGUUACAAGUCCUGCUGUGAAGCAUUACCCCAUUGUCCUUUGAACUGCACCUGGGAGGCUGCAUGUCAGGAAGAUGUCAACUACACCCUCAACCUUAGGUAUGGGGAUCAAAUUGAAGAGAAGAAAAAUAAAUUUGAGGCUGGAAAGGCCACCCACUUUACUUUUGACACGGAGGAGGACGUCUAUGUUCUAAGCAAUGUUACUAUCUGGGUAGAAAGCAUGCCUAGGAAUGGCCUUCCUUGGGUCUCAGAGAAUCUUACGCUGCUGAUCAAGGAAGCCAUAAAAUUUAAUCCGCCAUCGGCCAAGUCCAUCAACGUUUCUAGAUCGAAAGGUAUCCUGACCUUAACGUGGCCUAGAUCCAACACUUGUCACUCUUCAUUCAGUAUAAAAGAAUUCAGGAUGAGACAGUUCAAGGAUGUAAAGUGGACCCUGGAAAACUGUAGCUCUGGAAAGGACGAUGGCGCCAGGGGGAUAUUAAUAGCUACCUGUCACCUGGAAAAAAAUAUUCCUUAUGAAGUGCAGGUUCGGUAUCGAACUGCUCACUGGAGCAGUUACUGGAGCAGCUGGAGCGAAAUCCUCUUUGUUCCUGCUGAAAUCCUCAUAAGUCCCACAGUAGAUUAUACUGUGGGACCCCUAGGAGAGGAGGGCCAGAGGAAUAUGACUCUGCAAUGGGAGAGACCCCCUGUGGAGCAAGGGGAGGUGAGCUAUGUUCUGACUUUUGUCAUGCUGGCCUGCAAGGAGUGCUUAAUGAACUUUGAAAAAUUCAGCGUUCCUGUCCAUGGCAAAACUUCAUACCAAAUUGCCCUUUCUGCAGCCGAAUAUAACAUUUUGCUGGAGGCGUUUAACAAGGUGGGACGUUCUCCACCUUAUUCCAUUCUGCUCCCACCAGAACGAAAUGCAGUCCUAGGUCCCAGUUUUCUGAACGUCAGUCUGUCUGGAAGGCAUUUUACUCCGAAAUGGAAAGUGGAAGAGGACGUUGAUCUCUUUUGCUUUGAAGCACAGCCUCUUGGAGAAGCCUUGCCUAAGAAGGACUGCAUGGAUCCUGAUGAUGCUCAUAUGGUGACAGGGAUAAUGGAGCCCAACAGAUGUUACCGCUUUGCAGUGCACACAUAUACAGGGAAGUGGAAAACUUCUGGACUUAUGUACCUUUUCCAUAGAAAUGCUUCUCUUGAAGAACCCACCCAUAUUAAUGUGACUAAUCAAACAGUCAAUUCUGCUGUCAUCCAGUGGAAGCCUCCCAGAGCCCUCUCUGAUUGCCCAGGUGUACUGAAGAAAUAUGUCAUAUGUUGUCAAGAGGAGCUAUAUGGUACCAUAAAAUAUUACAAAGCCAGCGUGUCAGAAACUUGGUAUACAGUCCAAGACUUACGGCCCAACACUGUCUAUCUUGUUGGUAUCUGGGCCUCUACAGCAAACAGCAAAGUCAACUGCAAAGCCGUUUAUCGAUUUCUAACCAGAGCUCCAGAUCCCGGGCAGCUAACUCUGGCGCUUAGCUUUUUAUCUAUGGGGAUUUUUGGAGGAAUCCUCGCUGCUGCCACCAUCUUCCACCUUGGCAAAAAGAGGGAGAUCAGAUUGCAAAACAUUUUCAAGACUGUAGGUGUGCAAAAGAGCCUUUCCUCCCACAUCCAUAUCCUGAGCCUUUCCUGUCCUUCCAAGAACAAAGCAACUCCCCUUUCCCACUUCUGCUUCCUAAACCAUUGUUCUGACAUCUGUUCCAGAAUCAAGAAAGCCCUGUGCCCAGCAUUGCCAGACCCUGCUAAUACAGAAGCCGUGAAGAUCCUCACCACAGCAGAAACAGGCCAGACAUGCACUGAGGCUAGUAUCAUACUGAAUAUUCUUAAUGUUUUUCAAAUCCAGGUAAAGUUGGGUUUUAUGGAACCAGUGGAAUCCAACAGCCCCAUGGAACCUCUGGUUGUAGAACCUUCAUCUGACAAAGAGGAGCCAGUUGCUGAUAGAACAGUGGACUUGUUGAGAUUUGUCAAGGGAAUAGAAGAGGAACAUUCUCCCAAAGAGGACCAGGUGGGCUCUGAUGAAAUUCUACUUUCUGAAUAUAAGGGGAAAAGAUUUCUGAGCCCUGUGGAAGAAUCUGAAGACUUUGUAGGUAUCUCCCAUGAAGAAAGUACUGGUGAUGGUUCCCACCUCUUCCUGAACAAUACUGAAGCUGGAGACCAAAAUGGCAUGCGUAUGUCACAAGUUCCACUCUCCUUCAGACUUUUUGACAAACUGGUGGUGAUUAAGAAUGUAGAUGAAGGCUUUCACUUUCCAUGUAGUGAUGGUGCUUCAACCUAGAACAGGACUGCUUUUGAACCUCUAGAAAAUGUCUUGCUGACAGCAAACCGAAAAAAGGAAAUGACAGAUAGAGAGCUUCUACAACCACUCUCUGAGGAAAGACAUUGUAACUCAGUGGCACAGCAUACCUUUGCAAGAAGAUAAUAUUCAGGUUGAUUUCCUUGAAGCAGUGCUGCAGAAAGUUUUCUUUACCUGAGAUCUUGGAUGGUUAUUGCUAGUUGGUGAGCUGGCAACAGUAGACCGCCUGGAUCAUGUGGUAGAGAUAGCUUCUAUUGACAGAGCUCAUUGGACUCAAUAUCUAACAUUAGAUUCUUUUUCUAGCAUUCUGGGCAGCAAGGCUGGGAAAAACUCCAUCUGACAAGAGUGCACAACGAGUCCCCCUCCCUCCAAUGAUGCAGCCUGUGGAGUUCAUUUUAAAGUUGCCACUGAAUUGUAAAUUUUAUAUGAUAAAAAUGGAGUAACCCAUUAAUUGUAUUAAAUGAAUCAAAUUUCA